GCGUCGUAGCACGAACUACGGCCGAUAGAACCAGCCGGUACUGACGCCUUCGCCUCGUGAAGACAGUGUUGAAGACCUGUUGCUCCACCUCGUACCGAAACGGUCACCAAUGGCUAGAGGAAUGCCGAAGACGUCAGCCUCAUUAUGGUGGGUGAUACCCACAGCGUUCGUGGCGUUCGUUUGGGUCCCCGUUUGAAACCCCGCCAGGUAAUCCACAAAUUGAACUAUUGCGAAGCCAUUUGAGGCAUUUCAGCGUUGAUGACAGGCGCCACAGCUUAUGAGGGGUGCGUUAGUAUGACAGGCUUGACAUUAGCAUUAGUAGGAAGUUGCGUGUUCUACAAUGAGGCUUGCUUAGCAGUCAGUAUUCCUGUUGUUGUUCGGCCACAUGCCAGCAUGCAUGAUACAGCGGAAUGUGACAGUGGCAGAUUUGGGUGGACGCCAGCUUGGAUUGCGAGAUCUCAAGCUUUGAUCAAGACCGAAGUCUGUAGCGCCAUGGCGGGAAUGCGUCAGUGACCUAAAAAUUAAAGGCCGUUGAGCUUUGAAUAGUGGUCGUGGGCGGUUUCUCCGGUGGAACAGAGCUAGCAGUAUAGUAAGCAUGAUACUAUGCACGUCUCUCUACACGCAGAUUAGCAGCGAUGAAUCGGACAAGCAUGUCUCCUGCUACGGCCAGUAAAUAGCGAGAUAGCCUCU